GCUGCGGACUGAGGGGGACAGCAGAGGAAGUCAGGGGGCAGAGCGCAGAGGAGGGCACACGCAGGCACACGGAGGGGGAGGAAGGGCAAAGCGAAGGAAGCUCAGGUGGGAAGAAGACGGGAGGGAGAAGAGUGAGGCAGAGAUGAAGUCACAGGGCUCCCUGGCCUGCCUCCUGCUGGCCCUGUGCCUGGGCAGUGGGGGGGCUGGCCCACUGCCGAGAGGAGGGGAGAGUGCUGGAGCAGGUGCUGGGAAGGCCGUGGGACAGGGGGUGGGAGAGGCCAUUGGAAAGGGGGUGGGAGAGGCCAUUAGCCACGGAGUCGAAGAGGCUGUUGGCCAAGGGGCUGGAGGGGCAGCCAGCUCCGCAACCAGGGAGGUCAUGGGCCACAGCAUGGGGGAAGCAGCCCAUGCCCUUGGAAACACUGCGGGUGAGGCUGGCAGGCAGGUUGAAAACAUCAUUCGACAUGGAGGGGAUGCUGUCCACAGCUCCUGGCAGGGGAUGCCUGGCAGCAGCGGUGCUCGGGGAACCAACGGCCAGCCUCCAUCUGGAGGCCAUGGCAUCUUUGGCUCCCAGGGUGGCUCUGGAGGCCACAGCCAGGGCAAUCCUGGAGGGCCAGGGACUCCGUGGGGCCAGGGAUACCCCCGAGGUUCAGAUGGAAGCUUUGGAGCCCACUCUCAGGGAGGCCCAUGGGGCCAAGGAAGCAAUGGAGGGUCUUUCAGCUCGGGCACCAACGCUCAGGGGACUGUGGUCCAACCCGGUUACGGCUCCAUGAGAGGCAGCAACUCACACACAGAGUGCACCAACCCCCCGCCAUCCGGCUCAGGCGGAAGCUCCAGCAGCUCAGGGGGAGGCAGCGGCGGAGGUGCCAGCGGUGGUGGUGGCAGCAGUUACGGGCCCAGCUGGGACCGUCCCUUAGAAAAUUCUAGGAAUUUUGAUCAAAGCGGCUAUUCAGGCUCCCAGGGACACAAUACCGGCUCUUCCUGGGGUAGCAAUGGUGGCUCUUCCUCCGGUAGCAGUGGAGGCGGAAAUGGCGGUGGAAGUGGCGGCGGAGAUAAACCCGGGUGUGACAGCCCAGGGAAUGAAGUCCGCAUAUCCGGAGGAUCUGGGGGUCAGGGCUCUGGAGAAGGACAGGGAGGCUCCGGCAGCUAUGGUGACAUCAGGGAAAUAAGCAAAGAGGGCAGUCGCCUGGUUGGGGGCCCCGAAGACAAUUAUCAGAACUCUCAGACGUCUCCUGGGCUCUUCAACUUUGACACUUUCUGGAAGAAUUUUAAAUCCAAGCUGGGUUUCAUUAACUGGGAUGCCAUAAACAAGGGCCAAGUCCCGCGCCCCAGCACACGCGCCCUGCUCUACUUCAGCCGACUCUGGGAGGAUUUCAAACACAACACCCCUUUCCUGAACUGGAAAGCCAUUAUUGAGGGUGCUGAUGCGUCCUCGCUCCAGAAGAGGUCGGGCAGUGCCAGUCAGUCUGGCUCGGGACGGCAAGAGGUGGCCGCUGUGACUUCUAAGAACACCUAUAACCAGCAGGUGUACCCUACUCCCUCUGGUGGGCAGAACGCAGCCAAGAUCCCCUCUCAGGGGGGAGCCACGCCUUCUUCCUCGGCUUCCCGGGCGCGCCCUGGCCUGCUGCAGUGGGUGAAGUUCUGGUAGCUGCACUGGGGGGUCUCCUUGUCCAGAAACCUCAUCGGCUAAACCUGCCACUUUCUUCACCUACUCUGUUUUGUGACCUGAAGUCACUGUGACAGUUCUUCAGGAGAAGCUUCCUACUUUGGGG